AUGGAAAACAUUGAUUACUACAAAAUACUAGGAGUGAAGAGUAAUGCGAGUCAAAUGGAGAUCAAGAAAGCAUACAAACGACUGGCCCUUCUCUAUCAUCCCGAUAAGAAUGGGUCCAAAAAUGCGAGCGAUUGGUUUAAACUGAUUCACGAGGCAUACGAAGUGCUCGUAGAAAGACAUAAAGAAAACAUUGAUAAUCAAAACUCAUGUCCGACACAAACACAUCACCAAAAAUCUGAACCAAAACCUCAGUCCUCUACUGAUGGCCAGCGAACACAUAGAUCUCCGCUGAAGACGCGUCCGAAUCCGCGCCCAACUGUACAUAAAUGUGUUGAGCAUAGAGUGAAUGUCUCGAACUGGGAUGCGCUCCGGGGGUGCACUAAACGGCUGAAGAUUACCCGAAAAGUGUGGUCUUCGCCGCAGGAAUAUUCACACGAAUCGGUAAUUCUGUCGCUUGACGUCAAACCGGACUCAAAAACUGGAUCUCGUAUUCUGUGCGCGGGUUGUGGUGACAGACCUUACGAUUGUAUCGCCGAUGAUAUCGAGUUUAUACUCGAAGUGAAGGCCGACGACCACUUCAAACGCGAUGGCAAUGAUCUCAUAUUUGCCGCACAAUUAACUCUUAAGCAUGCGAUCCAACGCCGACCCAUUCCUGUCCCUCUAUUGAACGGUCAGACACUGGAUGUGGUAUUGGAUUGGCCACAGAUUAUAGAGUUGGACGACAAUAAGGUAUUGAAUAUAAGGAAAGUCGGUUUAGGACUUCCACACCAUAAGGAUAGUGACAUUAGAGGAGAUCUUAUCAUUAAAUGUGUACUAAAAUCAUAA